UCUCCUUCUGAUUUCUACUAAACAACUAUCUGCUCUUAAUGUGGAGGACGAACUAGAGACGAGCACGGUGGAUAAGAGGAGCGACAACGGAGAAUGGACAACAUGCUCUAGGACCUGUGACGGUGGAGUUAGUGUACAGAUUAAAAAUUGCACAAGUAAAGGAGGAUGCCAGGGAGAAUCAGUUAGAUACCGCAUCUGCAAUAUGCAGCCUUGUAAGAAGGGGGACGACUUUCGAGCAACGCAGUGUUCUGCAUACAACAAUAUACCAUAUCGUAAAAAGCUGUACAAUUGGAAACCAUAUUAUGACUCUGAAAAACCUUGUAGCCUCACCUGUCAAGCUGAGAGUUAUAAUUUUGUUAUCACAUUGGCAUCAAAAGUUAUAGAUGGCACAAGAUGUCGAGAUGGUUCCCUAGAUAUGUGCGUGUCGGGAGUUUGUAUGAGUGUAGGAUGCGAUCUGCAGCUGGGUUCUACGAAAAGAGUAGACGAGUGCGGAGUAUGCGGAGGUGAUGGAACAAGUUGUAGGAAACCAGCUUAUCAAUGGAUAGAAGCUCAAUUCUCUCCCUGUUCCGUUACCUGCGGCGGUGGUUAUCAGAUGUCACGUCCUGUGUGUCUGAAUAAGGAGUCCGGUAAGGAGAUGGACGAGAGGUUAUGUGACAUAUCUAAGCGCCCUAGACCCUUAAUUAGGGAAUGUAAUUCUCAAAAGUGUCCCGCAUCUUGGAUUAUCGAGAGUUGGAGCGUUUGUUCUUCGAGUUGCGGGGGUGGAAAACAAACUAGGCAAGUUUAUUGCGCUCAGGGUGGUCCUAACGGGACACGAAUCAAGAUAUCAAAUCAUCAUUGUCCUCAUCACAAACCCAUCACGCAGAGGUCGUGCAACGUUCAUACUUGUCCUCGAUGGUUUAAUGGGCCUUGGUCUGGGUGUUCGGUCUCGUGCGGAUUAGGACACCAGACCAGAGCAGUGUUUUGUCACGAUGCUCGCGGAUACCGAACUGAAGGUUGCGACAAAACCUCUAUGCCUCCUACUAAACAAUCUUGUGCUACGGGGAUUGCUUGCUUGAAUGAAGGUGAUAAUGAUGAUGAUGAUGAAGAUGAUAAUGAUUCUGAAAUUGCUGAAGGAUCUCAGGAAGAUGCACCACCACAACUCUCUGAUUCUCAGCCCCGGUCUCAGAAGAUUGUAGCCUCUCCGCGAAUUUCUAUAGAACCUAAUUAUGUGGCAGGUGAUUGGAGUCCUUGCAGCGCGACCUGUGACAAGGGUGUUCGAACUCGAACCGUCAACUGUAAGAUAUUUUUAGAGUUCUCCAAGUCUAUAGCCACGUUACCUGAUAAAGAAUGCACGGGUCCGAGACCACCCGAAAUAGAGAAUUGUUACGCUCGCCCUUGUGCUCUCGAUCAGAAUAAGCAAGAAGAAAACGAUAUUCCUAGAGGCCAGGUGGGCAUUGAAGUUACUUAUUCGUGGAGAUCCGCCGGAUUUAGCCCUUGUAGCGCCUCUUGUUUGGGAGGGACAAAGGAAUCUGUGAUACAUUGCGUACGAGACCACGAUCAAGCUAUUGUAGACCACUACAAAUGUGACAUUAGAAAAAAACCCGAUUCGAUAACACUAACUUGUAAUGACCUAGCAUGCCCUCCGAGGUGGAAUAUAUCGGAGUUUACUCCCUGUUCUAAACAAUGCGGUGGUGGAAAGCAGAAGAGAGUUGUACAGUGUCUACAAGAAGUAACCAGAGGUGCUGCAAACAUCUUCAUCGUUCCCAAUAGUAAUUGCCCACAACCUGAGCCACCAUCUGAACAGUUAUGUAAUACUCUAGAAUGCCCAGUUAGAUGGAAAGCGGGCCUAUGGAGUAAGUGUUCCAAGAGCUGCGGAGAAGGACUCAAAACUAGAAAAAUCCGCUGCCAGAGAGAAUUAGCUUUUGGCCAAGUGAUCGAAUUGCCACCUUCUAGCUGUCCUAAAAAGAAGCCUAAAACUAUUAAAACCUGCAAUACUAAACCCUGUCCUGGAAAGAAGAUCCCGAAACCCGCUAUAUAUACCUCUCAACAGACUUACGAGCAGAAGCAACCACAAAAUCGAGUGACGUUAAAAGUAGGAGGGAAGGCCCUGAUAUUCGGUGGAACUAACGUAAAGAUAAGAUGCCCCAGUAGAAAAAUCAACAAAACUUUAAUUAUGUGGUAUAAAGAUAACGAAAAGCUACAGUCGUCCAAAAAGUUCAAGAUUUCCAGGAAGGGGGCUUUGAGGAUUCGCAAGAUCACCAUGCAGGAUAGCGGGAUCUACUCCUGCAUCGCUGGAAUGUCCAAAGCAGAUAUCAAAAUCAUAGUUAAACCUUACAGCAAGACAUCAGACGAAGACAAAACUGUAGAAAGACCCGUUCUUUCAGUAGCUAUACCGGAUAUGCCACCCGACAGGACCAUCGAGGAAAAUGAUAAAAGCCACGAAUUUCACAGAAGUAAUAAAGAACUUGAAGAUUCUAACAAAAGUCACUUCGUUAAUCAAGGCAGAUCGACGAGUGUAAGAGACUUUGAGCAAACUAAAGAGGAGUUUACUACGUCACCUAACACUCAAAAAUAUUGGCCUAAGAAGCCCAAAACAACCAAACCUAAGAACCUUCCUCCUAACGAUUCUUUACACAAUUUGCCUCAAGAUACUAACAUUUUGAUGUCCUCCGAAACUUCUGAUCCGAAAAUCCACGAUACAUGGGAAAAUAAUCACGGAGGAGACGUGAUAUCAGAUCAACAGAGUGAGGAAAUCAACAGAGAUAGAAGCCACGAGAACUACGAAACCACUGAAGAAAUGGAUAUUCAAUCAACUGUAACUUCAGGUGCGGCUAGCAACCAGCCUUUUCAAAGUUUCCACCACAUGCUGAGUGGAUUCAGAGUCGUGGACACGAACUCAGACGAAUUAGACGAUCCUUCCAUGUUGGAAACUAAGCAUGUCGUCUUGGGUAAAGGUUCUCCUGAAAGUUUAGAGUUCGAUUGGAUGGUCACACCUUGGUCCAAAUGCUCGGAAUCGUGCGGAUCUACUGGUUUUCAGAUGCGUGCCAGCCAGUGUCUCGUGCGAUUUAAUAACGUGACGAAAUCUGUAGACAGCAGAUUAUGUGUAGAUAGGGGCCUGCAACCUCCUAUCACCAUGCAAAAGUGUGGGAUGCAAGAAUGCCCUCAUUGGGAAACGGGGCCUUGGUCGGAGUGUUCAGAGAGCAGUUGUUUCACCUGGAAUUUGGCUCAUCAAAAACGUGAAGUCACCUGUAGAUUGGCAAAUGGCACUGAUGUGGAUGACCAAAACUGCGAUGACAAAACUAGACCCAGGAGACGUCGAAAUUGCAACAACGACCAGUGCCGUGGAUCCUGGAUAGUUGGAGAAUGGUCGGAGUGUACUGCCACAUGUGGCAACCAAGGUUUCCAAACACGCAUCCUCCAAUGUGUUUGGUACGGGACCAGAAGACCAGCAGGCAACGCAUGCAGGGCCCAACCGCGACCGACGGUACUGAGAUUCUGUAAGAGACCACAGUGUCCUCCGAGAGACGAGUGCACAAACCAUUCCAAGUAUUGUAGCCUGGCAAGAACACUGCACAUGUGUCGUCUCUCCUAUUAUCGCCACCAAUGUUGUGUUACAUGUAGGGACAGCUAAAAUAUUAAAGAUAAUAAUAAAUAAAAAAAAUAAUCGCGUUGAACACCAAAGAAACAAACAAACAAAAACAAACAGACACCAAUCAAUGCAUCAACAUUGUGAGGUAUAAGUGAACAAAAAUUAACGCAAAAUUAUAUUAAUAAAUAAUAACUGUAAGAGAAAAGAGAAAAAGAUCUCCAUCAUCCUGAAAACUCUGUAUGCAUGCAAGCAUACAUCACAAAAUUAGAUGAGUAAAGAUAUAUAUAUAUAUAUAUAUAUAAAGACAAUUGAUUGGGUUUGCUCAUGAUAAGUUAAGUAACUAAACGUGAACAAAUCAAUAAGAUUUAAUCUUUCGAGGGACCAUCUCGAAAGAUCCUUCGACUCCGUGUGAGUGUCCGUUAUAUAUAUAAAUUUGACUCUAUCCUGUGUUUUACCUGAUAGGUACCAGUGACUUUAUGCACCUGAAAGAACGAAAUAAUAAUAAUAAUAAUUAAUAAAUAAAAACAAUAUGUCUGCCAAGCAAACGAGAGAAUGAUAACAAUCAAAAUAUUUAAAAAUAUAUAUAUAUAUAUUCACACGCUUAAAAUUCAAAGUAGAAUAUUUCAACUCUUUAAAUAUUUCACUUUAGAUAAGAAAAAAAAAAAAUAUUAAAAAAUAUGAAAGUGCACAUCACCCGAACUGUCAAAAUAAUAAUCAUUUUUGUGGCUUUGGUUGAAGAUCCGCCCAAUUAAUUCGGAUAGCAAUAAAAAUAAAAUAAAAAAUAAAAAGUAUAAUCUAAACAAGACAUAAAGGUGCUUAAAUAUAUGAGUUUUGUGAACUUAAUUUGGAGUCUACCUCUAUACAAGAGAAGGAGAAGUGUGACCAAAGAAUUUGCAUCAAGUUAAAACGAAUACUCAAGCUUCACUGGUUUAUCACAAUUAUCGCUCUUUCUCUAUAAUUAGUGUUUAUUAGUUUGAUCUUUAAACAAAAUAAAGUAUAUAUAUAUAUAAGAAAUAGGUGGUUGAUUUCAAUAUCCUGAUUUCUACCAUAUCAAGGAUAAUUCCACGCUCCGAGAGCUUAUGUAUUUCCCAAACAUUCCUUCGCAGCAGGAAAAGGAAGAACUGAGGUUCGCUCUUAUCAGCAAUAUAAAAUAAAAUAAAAAUAAAAAAUAUAUAUAUGUAUACAAAUAUAUAUAUGAUACAGCACCGAUAAGUAUAAAAGAAAAGAAAAUAAUAAAAAUAAUCAGGGAGGAACGGAUGCACGAUGAUGUCGGUGAGCCAUUUUCUCAGGAUGUUUCUCGUCUUUCUUGUCUUCAUCCCUCCCCAACUGCCCUUUAACCAUAUAUCGGGGCGGAUGGGUUUUAUACUGACGUGUCACGAUUAUUUCCGAUUGUAACGUAUGUAGUAUUUAUCAUUUGUGUUUUAUUAGAAUUCACUGUAAUGUUGUUGGAUGUUCUGUCUUUGACUAUAUCUGAAUAAAUUCUUCAAAUCGUGU